AUGGCAGGUUCGCAACCGGCAUCUAGAAGGAGCAGUCGCCCUGGCUCCCCGCCUGUGGAAGGUCAGGACAACCGCCGCGCCCGCCGACGGAAGGAGAGGGAGAGAGAGAGGGAGAAGGCAGGCAGCGGAGAUGCGGGGGCUGCCACGCCGAGUGGGAGCCGACAACAUACCGAGAGCACCGGAAAUGUGGGGGUGAAGACGCGGGAGAAGGGGAAGGGGAAAGAAAAGGUGAACGGGACCGAGAAGGCGAACGGGACCACGGUGCAGGAGACGGGAAAGGUGCAGGGGAAGGGGAAAGGGAAAGAGAAGGAGAAGGCGGACAAGGAUGUCAGUCUGACCAACCCGUUUGGCUCGGCAGACUUCAUCGCAUUCGAUGUGUCGGACGACGAGAAGAGCGCGGUUCCCCAAGCAGACUCUCGCCCCGUGCGGGAGUGGGACAAGGGCAAGGUACGCGAGCGUGAACGCGAGUACGCAGGACGGGAGCGCGAGUAUGCAGGGCGGAAGCGGGAGUACGCAGGGCGGGAGCGCGAGUAUGCAGGGCGGGAGCGCGAGUAUGCAGGGCGCAAGCGCAAGGUGGACGAGUUCGACCCUGACGACGCAUACGCGAACAACAGGCAGCGCGUCGCCGCCCCCUCGCGCAAGGCGCCGUGGGCCGCGGACGUCGCCUGGGAGAGCUGUAAUAACGUCGCGGAGAUGCUGCACCGCGACGUGGAGGCGUUCGUCCGGUACAUAUCCCCCACGCCCGUCGAGGACGAAGUCCGCACCCUCGUUGUCAUGCUCGUAACGUAUGCUAUUACACAGGCCUUUCCCGACGCGCAGGUGUUGCCAUUCGGAAGCUACGAAACCAAACUGUAUCUUCCGUUGGGGGACAUCGACCUCGUGGUCCACUCCCAGUCGAUGGCGUACAGUGACAAGGAGACCGUUCUGUGGGCGCUCGCCGACACUAUGAAGCGCGCCGGGAUCACCGACCGGGUGAAGAUCAUCGCGAGGGCGAAGGUGCCCAUCGUCAAAUUCGUUACGACGCACGGCCACUUCUCUGUCGACAUCAGCGUGAACCAGAUCAACGGCGUCGCCGCGGGGCAUAUGAUCAAGCUCUUCCUCGCCGAGUUCCCUGCGCUACGCAGCCUCGUACUCGUCGUGAAGUCGUUCCUGAGCCAGCGCAGCAUGAACGAGGUCUUCACCGGCGGCCUCGGGAGCUACAGCAUCGUGUGCCUGGUCAUUAGCUUCCUGCAGAUGCACCCGAAGAUCCGCAGGGGCGAGAUUGACCCGUCGAAGAAUUUAGGCGUCCUGGUGAUGGAGUUCUUCGAGCUCUAUGGGUGCUAUUUCAACUACCACGAGGUUGGGAUCUCGUUGAGGGACGGCGGGACGUACUUCAACAAGGAGGACCGAGGUUGGCUAAAUUAUAACGAGCCCAGGUUGCUGUCGAUAGAAGAUCCGGGAGACGCAACAAAUGACAUCUCAAGGGGAUCGUAUGGAAUAGCUAGAGUGCGCACGACGCUAUCAGGCGCACACGGCAUCAUGACCGCGGCGGCAUACUUGCAAGCGGGGAUUUUCAAUGCGCGGAGAGAGCGACGUGACGUCGAUCUGCGGUUCACGGACAGACCGGAAGAGCUGAGCAUCCUCGCCAGCGUCAUGGGCGUGACGCAGGAGACUAUCAACCAUCGGCGGUUGGUGCAAGAAGUCUAUGACUGCGGUGUGCUGCAUCGGAUGCUCGGUCUGACGCCGCAGGUGACUCUGGCACCGAAGGUAUCGCGGCCAGAGCCGAACGGGAAGUCGCUUGCAUCGCAGAAGGAGAGCGUGCAGACUGCCUGGGAAGAGGCCGACAUGGAGCUCGAGUCGGACGAAGAGAGAGACGGAAAGGUUUCGGACGAGGAGAGCCGGUACGACAUCGACAACCGGGUGCAGCCGCCAAAGAAACGGCAAAGGGUGGGGAAGCAGCAGGACAUGCACACGGUGUACACGACGGACGAGGAGGACGAGGACGGUGAGAUUCUGGACGAUGGAGAGGAUGGGCUGUCGAGGGAGGAGCUGGAGUAUGAUCUGUCGGGGCUGCAGGAGGACGAGGUUGGCAGGAAGCUGGAGGCACAGGAGCGGCGUCGGUCGUACUGGAUAUCGAAGGGGUUAGACGUAGCGUCUGACACGAGCGCGCCGGAAUCAUGGUCGCGUGGAUUCAGGAUCAGACUGCGUCUUCUUCUUCUGCGGCCAACAGCUCAGAUCACUCCAGUCGCUGGUCGCGAGUGUUCUCCCUCACCCUCCUUCUUCCAGAUAAUAAUGUCCGCCGCACCCAAGUCGCAGGUGAACUUGAAGGACCGCAUCGCAGCCCUUCAGCAGCGCAAUGCCGGCUCCAGCGAACCGAAACCGCUCCCGCAGACGACGAACCCGACGACGGGCAGUCUCCGCGACAAGAUUGCCUCCUUCGAAAAGCAGGGCGCCGUCCCCGUCCCUCGCGGUAGCUUUGGUCUCGGCGCACUCCCCGUCGACGACGGCUCCUCCAAGCGCCGUGGCGAGAUGUACGGCAAUCGUGUCCCUGGCCUCUCCAGGCCUACCACCCCUGUCUCCGCUACCCACCUCAGUACCGCCCUCCACACUACCGCCCUGCCAGAACGCCGUACACGCCGUGUAUCCGCCUCAGACCUCUCAGCCUCGGCGAGCAUGCUGCUCCGUGAUACGCCUUCUUUCCCCGAAUCUGUGGACGAAGACGCAUUGGUAGCGACCUCAGAUGUUCCCUCAGAGAAUCAGAUUUCGCCUACGUCUCCUCGUCGCCCUUCGCCAUCCAAGACUCAUCAGGGAAGACGCAGUGUAUCUGACAUUCUCAUGAGGUUCAACACGCUCACUUCUCCAGUUGGAGAGACUCUAGGGGAACGCAGGGAAAAGAGCUCGUCUCAGGCCGUGGAACCGCAGUCGGAAGCACCACCGGCGCCUGUCAUCAUCGUGUCCUCGGAGCCGGUAGUCCACGAAUUUCAAGCCCUCGAGCCAUCUCACCCUCCGGGAGAUUAUUCAUUGUCUGACCGUACGGAUUUGGUGCAGAGUAGUCAGCCCAUCGAUGCAGCCAACGUCGAAUCAUGUCGCUGCAGAGACCAUGACAUGCCCAGCGUACAUGCCGAAACCGUCGAGGUGGAGCCAAUAUCUAGCUCACCACGUUUUUCCCAGAUCAUUGCUGAGGCUGAAAGCCAGGAGGCGCCGCAGCGCGUUUCGGUCCCGGUGUCCAACGCUGAGUCUGCGGUCAGUACCACUCCAGCAACCACGAAGCUCUCUCCAGCAGACACAGCGAACAUUGACCAAGCUCCAGCUGGUUCUCCUACUUCCUCACUUGUUAUUGCAAGUACGAUAGAGGCAUCGAUUUCGGAGGAAUCUGGAAUGGGAUCUGAUGCGGAGGACGUCUUCAAGGAUGCUUUCGAUAUCGCGUCGGUGACCGAUCGCACGUCCUCGGGCUCGAGCAAGCUUUAUACGCCGACCGACUUCGUGGACUUCCCGAGCACAGAGUCCAGUCCGAGCAAGGAAAUGUACGGCGAGGACAGGUUCUUCGACGCCACGAAUGAAGGCCUCACACUCGACGCGCAGCACGCGAUCCUCGCCACCGCACCACGCGCAGCGUCAUCGCCGGCCAGCACCACCCUCGCGAUUCACAUCCCCGUCGCGGACGAGGCGGACGACGUAGGGAAUCAGAGCCUCGCACUCGACGCGGGCGACGCGAUCAUCGUCUCCGAGCGCCCGCGCGUCGUCUCCCCGACCCGCGCGGUUCUCGUCCCCGUUCCGCACGCCCUUUCGCCCACGACCUCCGCGUCCCCGUCCCCGUCCUCGUCUCCUACUUCCUCGUCCGCUUCCCCGUCGCCGGUCACUGCUCCCUCCACCGCAACCCCAUUCGUCGAGCUCUCGCUGACGCCCAAACCCGCGCAGAAGACGUUCCGCGCCGUCGUGCACCGCAGGGUCCCUACACCCCUCCAGCUCGCCCCGCCCCCCCAGGCGCAACUACAGCCCCGCGCACAGUCCGCGCGCCCCGCGCGGUCCGCUCGAUCCGUGCAGCCUGUCCCCGUGCAGCCCGCCUCCGCGGAGUUCGGUGACCUCGCUGCGCUGCUCGUGGACGCAGCGCUGCUCGAGCAGCAGCUCUCCGUGCUCGGCAGUCCGCCGAAGAACGUGCAGGCCACCAGUGCGUCCCCCGUCUCCGAGUCGGCGCUGCUGGAGCCUGAGACUGAACCUGAGUUGCUUGAGCCAGAGACGCCGCGGGCAGCGGAAAGCCCACAGCACAUCGACUCUCCUGCCGAGGUCGAGGUCGUCCACGAGUCAUUGCGCGACCUGGUGUUCCCCACUUUACCCUGGGAGACCGACCCGGAGCCCGAGCCCAAGCCCGAGAUUGAGCCGCGGCGGGAGCAGCAACCGCUCCCUCCGCUCCCGCAGACGCCGCAGAAGGAGAAACCAAGCUCGGACGCGCGCUCACUAUACGAGUCCCCGCCGCCACCGCCGCCGCCCACGAAAAGCCCGCGGCAGCGCUACUUCUCGACGCUGCUCGCGCGGCGGCCGACCGCGCCCCCGGCGGUCGCGUACCCGCGCGCGAGCAUGUCAAUAAGCUCCGAGACGUCGGAGGACGAGUCCGUGCUGGUCACGCUCCCGCAGGAGCUCGGGUCCGACACCAGCUCGGUGCGCAGCUCAAACCGCUCGCUCAAGCUCCCCGGCCGGAAGGGCAUCGCGCGCGCGACCUCGUUCGCAGACAGGCUCUGGCACAAGCGCGAUAGCACCCGCUCGAGCGUCUCGCCGGACAGUCAGGAGGACGAAAGCCGCCUGUCCGCCCGCGGUGUGCAGCCCCGCGCGCCUUCCCCGAGGCUCAUCAUUCCCUCGCCCGCGCCGACACCGCGUUGGAACCAGAGCCGGCCCACGCCUGAGCAGCGACCGACCUCGUGGGUGUCCGUCUCGUCCUUCUCGUCCGCCGGCGGGAACACCUCCUUGCUCGACAGCGAGCUCUUUGAUGCCUUUCCGUCCGUGCCCGACGACGUGCACCCGGUACUGCCCAUCCCCGAGCACGGGAGGAUGUCCUUCCUGUCCCCCUUGGCCUACGCAGGACCCCCGAGUGCGGGCGUCGUGGACCGCGCGAACCUUCCGCCGCGCUCCUCGAGCCUCCCGAAGCAGCGCUCCACGCUGGCAUGA